GUUGCUGGGGAAUAACUGGCGGCGAAAUCGGCACAUGUUGAUAGAUCGGAGCUUGAAUGAAAGGGGAUUGGUGAAACGGUGGUAUCUGAGUAUAAGCCGGUGGUGUAGUAAAGGACGGCUGCUUGUAGGCACCACUCGUUUCACCACUUUUAGCAGCUUCAGCUCCGUCCGCGCGGUCUUCUGGCCGCUCAUGUCCAUGCGCUCCGAGGCCGACGCCCGCAACGACACCGCCGCCGUCGACUCCCGCCCGCCGAGCGCCUCCACCGACGGCAGCGUGGGGGCGCGCGCGCCGUCGCCGUCCCUGGACAACGACACGCCCGGCGCCACGGCGUCGACGACCGCCUCGAGGGUGCUCGCGCUGCAGGCCCGGCUGGGUGAGGCCCCGCGCGCGGCGCCGCAGCAGCUGUCCCUGACGACGGCGGCACCGCAGCAGCUGGCCCUGACGGCUGCGGCCAAGGUGAGCAGCAUUGGCGUGGCGGCACGCGAGGAGGCCAAAGCCAUCGUCCGGCAUGGCGAGGAGGUCGGCGACGUGGAGGCGGCGUGCCGGAGCUUCGAGAGGCACCUGAUGGAGAUGCUGGUGGAGGAGCGGAAAGUGAUGGACCUGACGGACGUGGAGGAGCUGCUGUGCUGCUGGGAGAAGCUCCGGUGCCCGGCGUUCGUGCAGCUGGUGGGCCGCUUCUACGGGGAGCUCUGCAUGGACCUCUUCUCGGCCCGCGACGCCGACGUCGUGUCAUCUGAAUCAGCAGAGGCUUUGACCGUUGUUGAGUAACCGAAUAAGAAAGAAGGCCCUUUUGUGCAUGACAGGUGGACCCUGCAUUUUUGGACGGCCGGCGCGAUGUUCUGCCACUGCUGUGUGGAAUGGGCCUAGAUGAGAUGAGUGCAGAUACACAAAAAUUCAGAGAUACGCAGCUACUGUUGAGAUGUGGUGUAGUCUAUUUUUCCUUUUCUUCUUCUCUGUGUGUGUUAUGUUUCGUCCAGUCGUCUGUUUCUGGAGUCCGAGAGCCUUAUCUAAUCUACCAUAUAGCGUCACCUCCAAGAC